AUGCACCCACUAACGUGGGCCACGCUAGUUAUCCUCAUAGUAAGUCGGGAUUGGUUCGAAAUUUUAUAUUGUUUUAGGCGCUUUCACAACAGGCCCUCCCAAAACCGGAGACGGCGGUCAAGAAGACGGCGAAUGAUGUGAGUGGUGUUUUUAUUCGCUAUAUUUGAUUUGUAGAAAAUUUGGGGGCGUUUUGAAAAGUAUUUAGAGAUUCAGUUUGAGUCCCACCACGAAAACCUGAAUUUGCAAAUUUCGAGAUUUUUGCACCGGAAAUGAGUCAAAAUUGGGCUAGACACGAUUUUUGAUGUAAAAUAUUAAUUUUCAGGCGGUAGAAGGCAGCGGCCGACCGGCAAAUGGCCGAUUGGAUGAUGAACAAGUCCAAGGGUCGGGCUCUCAUAAUCCGGACGACGAAGACGGCGACGCAGUCGAAGGCUCCGGCAAACCACCAGUCCAGCCGAUCCAACAGACUGUCCCUUCGUCCCAGAAACCCCAAUCUUCGUCCACAACAACAACUCGACAGCCCAAAGUCGAGAUUCAUCCGGACGACAUGGAUGAAGAAGAAGACGAAGAUGAUGAGGAAGACGAGGACGAUGACGACGAAUAUGAUGAGGAGACGGUCGGCAAAGACGCUCCAGAUAAUGGGCCAAGCCCUGUGGUGCCGGUCCCGAUCCCAACCCAGACUCCAAUCUAUGUGACCACGAGCACCAGCACAACAACACAAAAACCGACCACCACCACAACCAAGAGGCCGUAUGUGCAACAAACUCCCACUGAAAAGGAAGAGUUCCCAUUCGGCUUCAGAUUCGAUAUGCUUCAACCGGGCAUUUUGGCUGGUAAGUCCCAGUUUUUGAGGUUUUUUGAAAUUUUAGGGUCAGAUUGAUAUUACACUAGAGAAAAAUAGAGAAAUCUUGCUGAUUUUUGCGGUAUUCGAAAAAGGCGUUUGGAUAUUUGAAAUCAGCGGGAAAUGGGCUUUCUUUUUGGAUAUUAGCCGUUUCUUAUAUCGGUUUUGUUUUUGAGAUAUUAGACAUGUUAUCCAUGACAAGUGUAAGGUCCAAAUCAUUGAAUUUUUUGCCGAAUUUCAAGAAACGGAUUAUGCCAGAGUUAUUAGCAUGAAAUUAGUUUUCUUUUGAGAUAAGGACCGUUAUUCAGCUCUGUUUUGAAGUUGAGAUAUCAACAUAUUAUCCAUGACAUUAAAAUUUUUGAAUUUCCACUUUAAAUUUUCAUCCGAGGAUUGUUUAAAAUACACUAAAUUAUCCGUUAUUUUGCAGCGAUCAGCGGCGGAGUGGUUGUCGGCAUCCUGUUGGCCAUCUUGUUGGUCAUGUUCAUCGUGUACCGGAUGCGGAAGAAAGACGAAGGCUCCUACUCGCUGGACGAACCCCACCAACCCCCGCAAUACUCGUACGCCUAUCAGAAAGCCCCCACCAAGGAGUUCUACGCGUGA